CCAGUUCAAGCAGCUGCCCCCUCCUUCAGAUCUGUUGCCUUCAGGGUCGCCUCCUCCCCGCCCUUCUUUCCUUCUUUCUUUCUCCUCUGUGUCUGUUCUUUCCUCCGUUGCUCCCCACGCAGAGCUCCUGCUUUCUCUGCCUCUCCGCUUCGCCUAUGCAGUUUAGGAGUAUACUUUUGGGCUUGUACGCAGAUGGAAAUUAACUCGUCCUGAGAGGAAAUAAUGAGGAGAAGCCUGGCUCCUAGCCAGCUGGUAAAGAGGAAGCCAGAAGGGAAUGGCUCUGAUGAAGAUGACACCUGGCAUCCUGAAACUACUCGGAAGAGACAGAAACAUGGCAGCAAUGUCGAUAACAGGGAGUGUUAUAUGUCACCUUUCCGGAAGCCCUUGGCACAGUUAACCAAUCAACCUCAUUGCCUUGAUGGCAGUAAGCAUGAGGCCUUUAUUCGCAGCAUUUUGUCAAAACCUUUCAAAGUUCCUAUUCCAAACUACACAGGUUCCCCAGGCUUUAGAGCUCUGGGUAUCAAGCGUGCAGGACUCAGGCAUGCUCUCCACGACCCUUUUGAAGAAGGAGCUCUGGUGCUGUACGAACCUCCACCUCUGACUGCUCAUGACCAGCUGAAAAUCGACAAGGACAAAGUGCCUGUUCAUGUUGUGGUGGAUCCUGUUCUCAGCCACGUCUUACGACCCCAUCAGAGAGAGGGGGUGAAGUUCCUGUGGGAGUGUGUGACAGGCCGCCGCAUCCCUGGAAGUCACGGCUGCAUUAUGGCAGAUGAGAUGGGUCUGGGCAAGACUUUGCAGUGCAUCACUCUGAUGUGGACGCUUUUGCGCCAAAGUCCAGAUUGCAAGCCUGAAAUCGACAAGGCCGUUGUGGUCUCGCCAUCCAGCCUGGUGAAGAACUGGUACAAUGAAGUGGGGAAAUGGCUUGGAGGAAGGAUUCAGCCACUGGCUAUCGAUGGAGGCUCCAAGGAGGAUAUAGACAGGAAGCUAGCUGGGUUCAUGAACCAGCGAGGCCUAAGAGUCCCAUCCCCGAUCCUGAUAAUUUCCUACGAAACAUUCCGUCUUCAUGCUGAAGUCCUCCAGAAAGGGAGUGUUGGGUUGGUCAUAUGUGAUGAGGGUCACAGGCUGAAGAACUCGGAUAACCAAACGUACCAAGCUCUGAACAGCCUGAAAACUGCACGGCGAGUGCUCAUCUCUGGAACCCCCAUUCAGAAUGACCUCCUUGAAUACUUCAGUCUAGUACAUUUUGUCAACUCGGGCAUCCUCGGGACAGCUCAGGAGUUUAAAAAGCACUUUGAAAUUCCCAUCCUGAAAGGCAGGGAUGCUGAUGCAAGUGAAGCAGGAAGACACAAGGGAGAGGAGAGGCUUAAAGAGCUGAUCAGCAUCGUCAACAGGUGUCUUAUAAGGAGGACUUCAGAUAUUCUCUCCAAAUACCUUCCAGUGAAAAUAGAGCAGGUGGUGUGCUGCAGGCUGACUCCCCUUCAGGCAGACCUGUACAAACGCUUCCUGAAGCAAGCAAAGCCCGCUGAGGAACUGAAGGAAGGGAACAUGAGUGUUUCAUCCCUUUCCUCCAUCACAUCGCUGAAGAAACUCUGUAAUCAUCCUGCCCUGAUCUAUGAGAAGUGUGUGGAGGAAGAGGAGGGGUUUGUGGGUGCUCUGCAGUUAUUUCCUUCUGGCUAUAGCACCAAGUCCCUAGAACCUCAGCUCUCAGGAAAGAUGCUGGUUUUGGACUACAUUUUGGCAGUUACAAGGAGCACCAGUAAUGACAAAGUAGUCCUAGUUUCUAAUUAUACUCAGACACUGGAUCUCUUUGAGAAACUCUGCAGAGCUAGAAGGUACUUGUAUGUCCGACUGGAUGGCACCAUGUCCAUUAAAAAGAGAGCAAAGAUAGUGGAGCGUUUCAACAGCAUUUCUAACCCUGAAUUCAUUUUCAUGCUGAGCAGCAAAGCAGGUGGCUGUGGCUUAAAUUUGAUUGGAGCCAACAGACUUGUGAUGUUUGACCCAGACUGGAACCCAGCCAAUGACGAACAAGCCAUGGCCCGUGUCUGGAGAGAUGGCCAGAAGAAGACUUGCUAUAUCUAUCGAUUGCUUUCGACAGGGACAAUUGAGGAAAAGAUCUUUCAGCGGCAGACCCACAAGAAGGCUCUCAGCAGCUGCGUCGUAGAUGAGGAGCAGGAUGUGGAAAGACACUUCUCUCUUGGCGAACUGAAGGAGCUUUUCACGCUCAACGAGACCACUGCAAGUGAUACCCAUGACAAGAUCAAGUGCCGUCGCUGUGUGAAUGGCCAUCAAGUUAGGCCACCUCCAGAGGGGUCUGACUGCACUUCUGACUUAUCCCAGUGGAACCACUGUGCUGAAAAACGUGGACUCCAGGAUACAGUCCUCAAGGCUGCCUGGGAUGCUGCUGUCACCUUUACCUUCCACCAUCAUUCCCAUGAAGAACAACGGGGGAUACCAUGACCAUUGAUUUGGGCUGACUUUCUGAAACUUAAGUUAUUUGUUAUCUUGAUCCACCACAUUUAAGGUUACACUUUUUUCUCCCAUUAAUGCUGUGGAAGAACUAUUAUCAUCUUUGGUGUUUAAAGGCUACCUUUACAAAAGUGGUAGGCCAAAUCAGUUGGUCACAGAGCAUUAGUACAAUUAUGUUUAUGAAACCUGGCAUGUAUGGGAAGACCGCAACAGAAAAGUGUUCACUUCUGAUCAUGGAAUUGGUCCCAUGCUAGUCUAUCACUCUUUGGACCAUGUUACUUGUU